AUGUACAAGGGCACCCUGAUCUGCUGCCUGCUUCUGGGCCUCUUCCUGGCCCUCAGCUCCGCCUACAACGGCCAGGACAUCUACGCCGAGCCCAACUGCGCCAUCGUCGAGGAUCACGGCCGCAAGUUCCGCGACAUCUCCGACCCCACCCACUACUGGGUCUGUCCCGAAGGUCAGGAGAGGGCCGACUACAUCCAGUGCCCCGACAACUACGCCUUCAUGGAGCAGCAGCAGGCGUGCGUCGUCUGGGAGGAGUGGAAGUGGGUUGAGCCCUACACCAAAUAAACAGCCAACUCUCCUCCGAGAUGUGCAGAAAGUCUAAGCCGUUUAUGUUUCUUUUCUGCGGCCAACUUUUGAUUGGAUUCGAUUGGAUUUACGGCCGGGUCAGGAUGGGUGGGGUCAUUUGGUGGUGCAAAUAAAUUAAUUAUGUGUCCCAACUUUGGGCAGUACAGUGAAAA